GGAAGCAGGUCUUAAGAAUCUCUUUCAGCACUGAGCUGAAGUUAUUUUCUUUUUCAGGUUUACCCUGUUAGAACUUUUAGCUUCUCGUCAGCCACAGGAAAUUCUGCAAAGGUUACAAAUGAAGAAGGAACUGGCGCCACACUGGAACCUCACGGUCACGGUGCUACGAGGACACUUCGAGCAUACUUAUGAUUACCUUUCACAGCCUGACCUUUAUGUGACCCUUCAUCUGCCCACUGCCUCGGCUUGUACUCUGAGAACCAGGACAAUUAAUAACUGCAAGACACCCGAGUGGAACGAGACUUUUCACUUCCGUGUCUACAGCCAGGCAAAGAAUGUUCUGGAGCUGAAUUUGUAUGAUAAUGACCUAGUGCUGGAUGACAAAGGUGCCAGCAUUCUGUUCGACAUCAGCACGCUCAAUUUGGGUCAGAAGGAGACGAAGGAGUUCAUCACGGAUGACAAGUUGAAGGACAAGCUGUGGGUGGAAUUUGAAAUGACCGAAAGUCCUGAAGCACUCGGGCAGUACCUCUCUAAUGGAGUCCUGUUGGCUGCCCCCUUGUCUACUCUGGAGGUGAAGUUGGAUAAACUGCCUGCUGAUGUUCGACAGAACAUGCUUUUAAAGUUAAAAGGAGCAUAUAAUGAAGAUCAGAUGAUCUCGUUGUCCAAGAACAGCAGCCUCAUGCAGACCCUUCGCUACUACAUCAACAAAAACCUGGAGACCAAUAUUGAACUCAGGAUGGAGCAAGAUCAUGAAAGCACAAAAGCAGUUCCUGUUACCCCAUUUAAACCCAUACAUGAAUUUGCACUCCCUCUUCCUGGGGCAGAGAAAAUGGUGAAUUUACAUUUGAACACAGUGGACAGCCCUGAGGAGAACAUGAAGGUGCGUCUGGAUUUUGACAUACCAGCAGAGGAAAAGGCGUUUCUGGUGAAGAGGAGAGAGGUGGUGUCUCGUGCACUGCAGACAUUUUUAAACCUUAAAACUCCCCUGGAUCCCACCAAGGUGCCGACGGUGGCUGUGGUGUGUUCAGGGGGCAGCUCCAGGGCCAUGACCGCCACGUAUGGUUCUCUGAAAGGGUUGCAGAGUCUUGGCCUGCUCGAUGCCAUUACCUACAUCACCACUGUCUCUGGCUCCACCUGGGCCGCUGCUGGUCUCUACUCUGACCCAUUUUGGUCAAAGGAAGGCCUGGAUAAAGCAAUAGCAUCUGCGCAGAAGGAGCUGUCUAAGAGUAAGGCCAGUCUCUUCUCUCCUACACAACUAUAUUAUUACCGCUCUGAGCUGCAGAACAGAGAGAAGGAAGGACACCCGGUCACCUUCAUUGAUACCUGGGGGCUCAUCAUAGAACACCUCAUCUUUGGAAAGAAAAACACAAGUACACUGUCUGAUCAGAAAAAGGCAGUCUGUGAGGGCCAGAACCCGCUCCCAAUCUACACAGCAGUAAACAUGAAGAAGGAUACCAAUGGCUGCUUAGUGCCUGAGUGGUGUGAGUUUACCCCAUUCGAGGUGGGAUUCUCCAAAUAUGGAGCAUUUGUGCCUACAAAAAAUUUUGGGAGUGAGUUCUACCUAGGCCAUGUGGUUAAAAAGCUGCCAGAAAUGCGCAUCUCCUUCCUUCUGGGUAUGUGGAGCAGCUUUUUCUCUGCUAACCUGAUGCAGCUCUGGACUGCUUUUAAUGGAGUGAUACCAUCCUGGGCUUCCAGGCUGGGAGAUAAGGUCGACAAGCUUGAGACGGGUAACAAAUCUCCAACCUUGGAUACUUUGCGGAUCAGUCCAGAGGCUUCAGUUCUGAGCAGCUUCCUGAAUGGUUGCCCCAUUGUCAGCAGUGUCUAUAACUUUCUGAGAGGAUUCUCUCUCCACAACUUGUAUAGCGAAAGCCCAGGAUUCAACACCACUAAUGAUACACACCCGGACACUUAUCCAAAUAAACUGACUCCUGCGGACUCCACUCUGGGUUUAGUGGAUUCUGGAUUUGCUACUAACACAGCCUUCCCUCCUGUACUCCGGCCUCACAGACGUGCCGAUGUCAUUCUGUGCCUUGAAUUUAGCUGGGUCGAGGAUCAUUUAACGACCCUGAAGGAGACUCAGCAGUACUGCAAUGACCACAAGUUACCAUUCCCAAAAAUAGAUUUCAGCAAAUACAAAUCUGAGCCAAACAGGGAAGUGUACGUGUUUGAGGAUGAGGAUAAUCCUGAUGCUCCUAUCGUGAUCCACUUUUCACUAGUAAAUAGCUCUUUCAAAGAGUAUAAAACACCAGGAAUAAAGAGGACAGGAAAGAAGGAACUAAAUGAAGGAAAUAUUGAUGUGAGUUCCAGCUCCUCCCCGUACGCUACCACAAACAUCACAUUUGCAUCAGAAGACUUCCAGAGACUAGUGGACCUCACCUCCUACAACAUUGUGAACAACAGGGAAAUCAUCAGAAAUGCACUGAAAAAAGCUUUAAACAAAAAAGGACUGGUUAACAUGCCCAUAGCUGAAAGUACAGAAAGAACAAAUUACUGCAUACUAGCUUAACCAGUUGCUGAUGUAAUUUAAAUAGUUUUUACAAGAAAAAUGUUUAAAAACAAAAUAAUGAACAAUUUUAAUCAUGAUCACUACAGCGGUAGUAUGUGUUAAAUAUGUAUAUUUAUGCUCCCAUGUGCCUGAGCAUGAGAAGGAGAUGCUGUGUAUGAGAUACAGUAUAAACUAUUAAAAUAUGAAGAUGGGUAAGGGUUGUUUGUAAUGAUAUUCUAAAAUUUUUCUUAAUUUAUCUAUAUCCUGUCCUAACAUUGUUCUAAUACUGCA